CUCUCCACCAGCGUCCUCGCCGGGCCCAAUGCCACCGCCGGCAAAUGGACCUACCUCAACCCCGCUGAUCCCACCGACUUUUGUCUGAUGCUGCCCCCCACCAAGGGCAUGGGCAUCGGCGCCUCCGAGGGCCAGGCUGUCUCGUACUGCACCAACCCCAGCGACGCCCCCGGCGCCCGCCAGUUCGACUCUGCGGCCGUGCUCCUUGCCCACCAGGUCGUCGACUACAAGAACAACUGGAUUCAGAUGACCGGCUACCUCGACAACAACAUCCUCCAGAUCGACCCCACCCCCGGCUCUGGCGGCCAGUACGACGACGCUCCCUGGGGUGUCGAGCCUACAUCCGGCUGCCUGGGCUACACUCGCUACAUCGAGCUCGUCGGUGUCAUUCCCAACACCACCCGUGCCGAGUUCUGCAUCCGCUGCUGCAUGAUUCCCAACAUCACCGAUGCCUUUGACCACAGCGUCGACAACCCGUGCUUCGCUGGCCAUGACACCCUCGGCUGUGACGUCGAUAUCCCUGGCGACUAUUCCUCUCCCGGCAUC